UCUGUCGUAUUUGCUAGUUGUACAUUUCAAUAUGGUAGUCGAAGUUUCACAUUUCGGUGUGGUAGCUUAUUGGGAUAGAAAAGGCACGGACCGUGAGCUCAAAGCCCGAUGGCAUUCAGAAUGGUCACAAAGCAGGACAGAGUGCCCAUGUCAUGCCUUUAAAGGAUAACGAUUACAUUGUUUUUAGAGAACCGUUUGAGCCCAAAGUGCAAAGAAAUUAAAAAAAAAAAUUAAACGCUGUCAGAAUGAAAAAUAAUACGGAAAAGUCAGAGAACAGUAUUUGCAAUUUAACACAAUCCUGUCAGUGAUAGAAAUGGACAUUAUCGACACCAUUUGGAGAUGUAAUGAAUUCCAGAGGAGAGGUUAGGAAAUCCUUCUCUGAGUCCUCACAUUUUGCCAAAAUAGUAGCUGGAAAUGGCGCUUCAGUGGCAGUGUUUGUGACAGCCUGGUAGCCACAUAGCCAUUAAAAAGAAUCUUAGCACUAUUCUGGAGGUACUUUGGAUGCUAGGUAAAUUGAUGGUGUUGGAUGUGGAGUGUUAAAUUCCUAGUAAGUAAUCCCUACCCUCUUUCAUUACCCUAAGAAGAAAUAUGCUUUAAGAAAGAAGCGUCCACCCAAUGGUUAAAAAGGGAAGUAGUUCUCAGAAGUUGUGAUAGACUUUGUCUUGUUACAAGUGUUAGGGGAAAAUCUAAUCUUAGAAGAAGAAAACGGUUCAGAAACAUUUUUAUUGCCGACCCGGGUUAGAGGAGAGAUUUGCUUUCAUUUCAGCCUGGUGUGUGUUCCACAUUUAAGUGUUGUGUUUGCUGUGGAUUAUAGUUUUCCAUGGAGUUUUGGUGCUACAAAGCUACUGUGAAUACUUGUUGGAUGGUUGGUUAACAUCUCCGCGGGGCUGUGGACAUUCUGAGGAGUAGGUGGCGUUUGGGAGCUUUGGAGGCAUUUUCCUGUAGAGUAUUUAGAAUACCAUUUAGUGUUUAGGGGGAGAGGAUUGAGUGGUUUCCCUUGGUCCGUCGGAGAUUUCGAAGUCAGAUUUUGAAGUAUCAGAGUUCUCUUCCCUCGAGGAAAUGGAUCUAGAUUUUGUGUACUAUAGUUGGACCAAAAGUGGUGCCUCAAGGAGUGUAUUUAUUUCUUUUAGAUACUCUAUGUUUCCCCAUCACCCCAAGAGUCUGGGCGGAGAUUGGACUACACCGUGGGAGAAUCUGCAGCGGUGUUGCUGGAACAGACAUAUUUCUAGUUGUAUGAGGUGGCCGGGACACUACUCUCGGGCUCCCUACCCGUACUUCAGUAGCAGGCAUUUCUCACUGAAGUGGAGGCCACCUUGUUUGUUUGCGUCUAGCACGCAGUUUCCAUACUGUAACUGGAGAGCUGACCACCUGAACCAGACAUCCUUGAUUCAUCUGUCUAGUUACGUCAUGAACGCAGAGGGAGAUGAGCCUUCGUCAAAGCGAAGAAAACACCAAGGCAUGAUAAAAAGGAACUGGGAAUAUGUAUGUAACCAUAAUAAAGAAAAUGCCAAGAUCCUGGGUGACAAAAAUGUCAAUCCUGAAUGUGAAGACAGUGAGAACAAGUUUGACUUUUCAGUGAUGUCCUACAAUAUACUGUCACAGGAUUUGUUGGAAGAUAAUUCGCACCUUUACAGACACUGCCGACGGCCAGUAUUACACUGGAGUUUUAGGUUUCCCAAUAUUCUAAAAGAAAUUAAACACUUUGAUGCGGAUGUACUUUGUCUGCAAGAAGUUCAAGAAGAUCAUUAUGGAAAAGAAAUCAGGCCAAGUCUGGAAUCGCUGGGUUAUCACUGCGAAUAUAAGAUGCGCACAGGAAGGAAACCCGAUGGCUGUGCCAUUUGCUUCAAACAUUCCAAGUUUUCACUCUUAUCAGUGAACCCAGUGGAAUUCUACCGCCGUGAUAUCCCUCUCUUGGACAGAGACAAUAUUGGAUUAGUUUUACUCUUGCAGCCCAAAAUACCCUGUGCUGACUCGCCUGCGAUCUGUGUAGCUAAUACACACUUGUUGUACAACCCAAGGCGAGGUGAUAUUAAGCUGACCCAGUUGGCAAUGCUGCUGGCAGAGAUUUCCAGUGUUGCUCACCAGAAAGAUGGCAGUUUCUGUCCCAUUGUUAUGUGUGGUGACUUUAACUCUGUUCCUGGUUCUCCACUCUAUAGUUUCAUAAAGGAAGGAAGGUUGAAUUAUGAAGGACUUGCUAUAGGAAAGGUAUCUGGCCAAGAACAGUCUUCACGGGGACAAAGAAUUUUAUCUAUUCCAAUUUGGCCCCCAAACCUAGGUAUCUCACAGAACUGUGUGUAUGAGGUACAGCAGGUACCAAAAGUAGAAAAGUCAGAUGGUGACCUGACACAAACACAGCUGGAGAAAACAGAGGUUCUAGUCACAGCUGAAAAAUUAUCUUCAAGUUUACAACACCAUUUCAGCUUGUCCUCUGUUUACUCACAUUACUUUCCUGACACUGGAAUUCCAGAAGUGACCACCUGUCAUUCCCGAAGUGCCAUAACUGUGGAUUAUAUUUUCUACUCUGCAGAAAAGGAAGACGGUGCUGGGCACCCAGGAGCUGAAGUUGCUUUGGCUGGUGGCUUGAAACUUCUGGCUAGACUGUCGCUUCUCACAGAGGAGGACUUAUGGACUGUUAACGGACUUCCAAACGAAAAUAACUCUUCAGAUCAUCUGCCUCUGUUGGCUAAAUUCAGACUUGAGCUCUGACUCUUUGGUUGUGUACAUAAUUUUUUUCCAAUUUAUGUGCUUUUUCAACACAUGUAAAGUUCAGUGUUUGCAUGUUGUUUAUUUUUGUGCUAUGGAGUAACAGAUACCAGAAGAAACAAGUUUAUAAUCAUUUUCUUUUUUAACAAUGAAAAAUAUUUUCCAGACAAGAUCUAAAUACUCUUUAUUGUAAAAGAGGUGUAAAUAUUUUUUAUUCUAAUUCUAGUAAAAUUGAUAGUGGUUUUUAAAUGUGGCGUAUCUUCUUAGUCUGCUUAGUGAAGAAUUUCACUUCAUGUUUUUGGCAAGCUUUAUAGUGGCUCCAGACUGUGUGGGUUCUUGCAAACCACAGGUUGGUUCCUCUCUGCGAGGCCUGGUCUCUUUGGGGAAGCCCUUUGUGGAGUCCUAAUUAGUUCACCUAAGAAACCACUGGGUCAUCUACCAGUGUCAAUCAUCUUCGUAUCUGAAGGGGCUGGAUAGUGCUUUCUAAACUAGGCAGAAAACUUGCUCCGUCUUAUUCCAUGGACACGUGUACAGCUGGUUGAGAAAAUGUUUGGGAAAUGUGGGCUGCUGUACCUGGUAAGAGCAUAAACCCUUCGCAUAUGCCUGCUCUUUCCACCUCAGAGAAGCAGAGACGGGGGCUCUGCCUGUUUUUCUAGCAUUGUUUUUUGUGUGUUUGUUUUUCUUUCUCUUUUUUAAAUUAGUUGGAAGAAUAGAUGCCUGGGCUGAGGAAGACAUUUACUUUACUGAACCUGUAGACAUUUGUCUGAAUUCUGUAGACAUUUGUUUUCAUUAUGACAAUUGUCAUUGGAACAAAGUGGCAGCUAUGAGAUUAUUUUUGGUGUGGCUCAGGAACAUGAAGAAGUUGUGAAGCUCUCCUGGGGAAAUACUAACCUGUGUCCAAGUGCUCUUUCAGGAGUCCUUUUAACUAUGUAAGGGUUUUUCCUUUUUCUCUCUUUGUUUUGUUUCAUAAUGACACACCAGGGUGAGGUGGUGCUAACACUUUUUAUGAGGUGGUUGGUUAUGAGCAGGUUUAAUAUAAAGCCUGUAGUCAAUUCUAGAGAAAUGUUUGAAUAAACAUUUUUGAAACAAAGUAA